AUUAUGUGGUCAAGAAUAUGCAGAAGUGAAAAGAUAGACCAAAUAUGUCCAUGGUUUUGUCUAUGCUCACAUCCGAAACUUCUCAUCUACCAAAGAACCUAUAUUUACCAUGCUUUAUAUGCGAGGCAAGUCUUAUCACUCAGUUGGAGAAAAUAUUUUCAACAGUUGAGGUAACAAAAUAUUUUAUAGAAUACCAAUUUUCAAAUAGAUCCGUCACUCAUCAAACUGAAAAGAGAAAGGCAAAACAAAAACCUCUGAGCUUUGGAGAAAAAAUCUGAUCUCACUUUCUUAAUCUUGUACGUGGAUUGGCCACUAUCCUGAAUCAUAUUUUCUUCAGUAAACCUUUUCCCCCCCAUAAAAUAUCUUCCAGAAUUUUGCAGAUAUGGUUGGUGUAUGACGGUGGAAACCAGUAGGAAAGGAGACGACCCAUCAAAUUCAACGUGUCACAAAUUCGGGCCUUACUUCUAUUCUCACCGUUGAAGUCACAUCAGCCCAAGAUAUUUUGCAGUAUCAAAGGUACCAAAUGCACAAACUAUAAGCCAUAGAAAAAAAUCAUUUGACACAUGGAUCCAACAAUUAAUUGAUACCCGGUUGAUGAGUAAACUGAAGAGAAAUAGAUUAAAUACAAGUAUCCGAAAGAAUUAUUUCCGUGGCUAAAAGAGGUCAUUGUUGAAGUUCUCAUAUUACAUUACAAAUGAUAGAGUUUAUAUCGAUCAUUUGGCAGAAAAGAACUCGAUAUGAGUUUAUAUCGAUAUUUUCUUCUUUUGUUCUUUUGCUUAUAUGUAGUUUUUUCCGGUGCGAAUGCUUCACACACCAUUAGCAGUAGUGAGCCCAUGAGAAACUCGGAAACUGUAUUUUCCAGUGGCAAAAGAUUUAAACUGGGAUUUUUCAGCCCCGGGAAUUCUGCAAAUCGUUAUGUAGUUUUUUCGGGUGUCAAUGCUUCAGACACCAUUAGCAGUAGUGAGCCCGUGAGAGACUCUGAAACAAUAAUUUCCAGUGGCAAUAGAUUUAAUCUGGGAUUUUUCAGCCCAGGGAAUUCUGCAAAUCGCUAUGCAGGUAUUAUGUUUAACCUACCAUCACCAACACCAACUGUAGUAUGGGUAGCUAAUAGAGACAAGCCUUUACAUGAUUCUAGCGGAAUACUCACAAUAUCAGAAGAUGGCAAUCUUGUAAUCUUGAAUGGACAGAAGGAGAUAAUUUGGUCAUCCAGUAUUUCAAACUCUAUGAAUAAUUCCACUGCUCAGCUCUUGGACACUGGAAACUUAGUCUUGAAAGACAGAUCAAAUGGAAGAGUUCUAUGGGAAAGCUUUCAAUAUCCUACAGAUUCUCUCUUACAGUUCAUGAAACUGGGCAUUGAUAAGAGUACUAACACGAUGGCUAUCCUGAAAUCAUGGAAAAGUCCUGAUGAUCCAUCUGUCGGGAAUUUUUCAGCUGGAAUUCAAAAUAGAUACAUUCCUCAAUUUCUUAUUUGGAAAAAUAGUUCUCCUUACUGGCGGAGUGGCCCAUGGAAUAAACAGAUAUACAUUGGAUUACCAGAAAUGAAUUCUUAUUAUUUCUUUGGUAUUGACCUUGUAGUUGAUAAUGCUGGCACAGCAUACCAAACGUAUUCAGACCAAAAUCAGUCUAGGAUACUCUACUAUUCCUUGAAUUCAACAGGGUCUUAUCAGGAGAAGAUUUGGGAUCCGAGUAAGAAGAAUUGGUGGGUGACAUGGGAAAAUCACCGAAGUGAGUGUGAUGUUUAUGCUAAGUGCGGACCUUUUGGAAGCUGCAAUCCGGGGCGUUCUCCAAUAUGCAGUUGCAUACAAGGGUUUAAGCCGAAAAAUGAAGGAGAAUGGGAGAAAGGAAGUUGGACUGGCGGAUGCAUCAGAAGGACUGCACUAAACUGUGAAAGGAACAGAACUGAUGUUGAGAAUGGCAAGCAGGACGGGUUUCUGAAGCUGCAGACAAAGGGAGUGCCAGAUUUUGCAAUUUGGGUACCGUCUGCAAGAGGAGACUGUGAGGGUGACUGUUUAAGUAACUGUUCCUGCACUGCGUAUUCAUACUACACAGGCAUAGGUUGUAUGCAUUGGAACAGAAUCUUAAUUGAUAUUAGAGAAUACUCCAUGGAUGGGGCGGCUGAUUUGUUCAUUCGCGUUGCCUACUCUGAACUUGAAAAUGGCAAGAAAGCCAUCCCCGUAGCUGCCAUUGCAAGCACAGUGUCGAUAGGCUCAAUAACAGUUAUCUUAUGUGGAUAUCUUUUCAGGAAAUUGUUGGCUAAGCACAGAGAAAGGAAGAACAAAAAUGAAGCAUUCUUAAGAGAAGCAUCUCCAAAACUUUACCAAGAAGGCAUGAUUAAAGAUGACAUCAACCGAGUCAAAAUUGAAGACAUCACCUUGUACAGCUUUGACAUGUUAGCAAAUGCAACUGACAAAUUUCAUUUAGCUAGCAAGCUGGGGCAAGGCGGUUUUGGUCCAGUCUACAAAGGAAAAUUGCCAGAUGGACAAGAAAUAGCAGUAAAAAGGCUUUCUCAGUCUUCUGGUCAGGGGCUACAGGAGUUUAUGAAUGAGGUCGUCGUGAUUUCUAGACUACAACAUCGUAAUCUUGUUAGACUCCUCGGCUGCUGCACAGAGAGAGGGGAAAAGAUGCUGGUUUAUGAUUUCAUGCCAAAUAGAAGCUUAGAUGCAUAUCUUUUUGGUUCAUGCAAGGAAAAGUUCCUUGAUUGGAGUAAACGAGCCAUCAUUAUUGAAGGAACUGGUCGAGGCCUCCUUUACCUUCACAGAGACUCGAGACUACGAAUUAUUCAUAGAGAUCUGAAGGCAAGCAACAUCCUGUUGGAUGAAUAUCUAAACCCAAAAAUUUCAGAUUUUGGCAUGGCGAGGAUUUUUGGAGGCAGUCAAGAUCAGGCCAACACUAUAAGAGUUGUUGGCACAUAUGGUUACAUGGCCCCUGAAUAUGCAAUGCAGGGAAGAUUCUCAGAAAGAUCAGAUGUCUACAGCUUCGGUGUGUUAAUAUUGGAAAUUGUCAGUGGAAGGAAGAACUCCAGUUUCUAUGGAGAUGGACUGACCCUACUUGCAUAUGCAUGGAAGUUAUGGAAUGAAAACAAUAGUCUAAAAUUGAUAGACCCCAAAAUAUUUGGUUCAAGGUUUGAAAUAGAGAUGGUGAGAUGUGUACAUAUUGGAUUAUUAUGUGUCCAAGAAUAUGCAGAAGAUAGGCCAAAUGUCUCCACAGUUCUGUCAAUGCUCACAAGUGAUAUUGCUGAACUACCUACUCCUAAACAACCUGCAUUUACCGGAGGGCAUGCUUCACCACAGCAAGGAUCUUCUAAAAGCCAAGGUUCCAUGAAUGCUGAUUCUAUAACUGUAUUGGAACCACGAUAGGAUACAAAGCUUCCAACAGGUAGGCAAAGAUCAUUACUUCCCUUAGAAUGGUAACUAUAGCAGUAUUUCUUAUUCUGAUGCCUUCCCCACAAACUGUAAUGAAAAAUCGUACUGAAAACUCUAAUAUUUUGAUUACACUUAAAACUGUGAUCAAUAUUAUAUCAAAAAGCUAUCUUUCCGGCAAA